AGGUGAGGUGAGGUGAGGUGAGGUGGGGGCCUUCGAGGUGAGGCCUGGCGCUGGGGCAGGACCACGCCGCUCCCCAGAGGCUGCGUGCAGGGGUGGCGGGAGCACCCCAGGAGGGGCCGGGCUGGCCCUGAGGCACCUCGGAGGGAAGAAGGGGUGUCAGGCCUUCGCCAGGCUGCCAGCCUGCCUCUGCACGGAGCUGAGGAUGGGGUGAGAGCGGGAGGAACGUUUUGUAAACCACCGGUGGUUCCAGCUCUUCACCGAAAUCUUUGCAGUGUCGAGGUGGCAUCCUCACGGAGGACAGGGAAGCAAAGUUAGAAAGGUGCAGAGGGCUCUGCUGCGUUGAAAGGGGUUUCCUAAGCUAGAUGCUCCUUCCUGCAUGUUUGGUGUGGCAUAGGGUCAGGCUGGGCGCACAACUCGAGUACAGCCAGGUGACACCGCCAGCUUCAGUACUGCCAGCUGGCUCACUUCUCUCCCCAGCAAGGAGAGCCCUUCACUUGGUUGCAUGAUGGUCCUGCGCAAGACAUGCGUAAGAGCUGAGCACCUCUUUGCCACCUGUUUGUAGAAGCACAACAGGAAAACGUUUGCUGCACCAGAGACCUUAUUAACGUAAGGCAGAAAGCAAAAGAAUGGUGCGUAAAGCACCCCAGCUGUCUGACCACUGCUGAAUCUUUGUAAGAUGCCUCGCACCCAAAAUAUGAGACUCGCACUGUUUACAGUCUGUUCUGUCAAGAGAGUUGUGGUUGUGGAAGACAUAAAACGAUGGAAGUCUAUGCUUGAGCUUCCUGGGCAACCAAAAGAGAAUCUGAUCGAAGCUUUGGAGGAGCUGAAGAAGAAAAUACCUUCCAAGGAAGUGUUACUUUCAACAAAAAUAGGUCACACAGUGAAUAAGAUGCGCAAACAUUCAGAUCACGAUGUGGCCAGCCUCGCCAAAGAUAUUUACACGGAGUGGCGAACUUUCAUCAAAGACCAUUCAAACAAGCCCUCAAUAGAGGUCAGAAGCGAUCCCAAGACCGAGGCUUUCAGAAAGAAUGCACGGAAGCUGCUUUGUGAAGCCCUGGAUCUAGAGCACGAGCCUGACGUGGGGGAGCAGACCAGCUACCACAUCUACGACGUGAGGCCGGACACUGCCUACGUCCUGAUGGUUCGUUGCAAGAGCGCAGAGGGGAACGGCUUCUGGAGCGAGUGGAGUGCCCCAGCCAGCGUGAGCUCGGGGACCGCCGGCACCCACAGCGAGAGCACGCACCCCACGGCAGCGGGGCCGACCCCGGUCCCGGCUCCCCUUCCCACCCCGGGCACCACCGGUGUCACCGCAGAAAGCUUUACCGAGUAUUACAUAGAAUAAACCACCAAAGGGUAGUUGCCUGGUACAGGGUGAGCACCCGGCUGGUGCUCAGGAAGCUUUUGUCUUUCUUUCUGCAGCCACCAAAGUAACACACUGGCUGUUUUAUUUUCAUUUUCAGAGAAAUACAUGAGUCAGCAGAACCUCACUGCGCCCCUCAGGCCACAUAAAUCUCAAGCGAGCAGAGCAUGCGACGCUUCUGCUUAAGAAAGCAUCCGGACAUCUUUUGUUUUUUUCCAAGCAUGGAAACCUGGGGUUUAUAAAGCAUUCCUGGAAGGAGAGGGAGCCGAGCUACCUGUCACAGCCAAAGCGUUGCUUUGGAAAGGAGAAGCCCCUCAAACGGCCAGCUCCUGCACCGUGACCCCCAGGGCUGGGUUUGCAGCCCCUGACCGGUGGCAGCCAUCUGCCUGCAGGAGCAGGGCCAGACCUGGUGUGCUGAGCUCGUGUGACCAGCCAAGCACCCGCUUCUUAAUUACAGCGCCGCAGCCAGAGGGGUCCUGUCCCUCUCCCCACGCCAGCAGCCCGACGGUGUGUGCAGCCAGGCAGCCGUGCACGAGCAACCCGGAGAGCCCCCGAGCUCUACCCUGCGCUGCAGGGACAGACCAGCGUCCCUGGAGGGCUCCAGCACGGCCACCGAGGGGUCACCCAGCACGGCCACCGAGGGGUCACCCAGCCCCGAUCGAUCCCCGGAGCUCACCCAGCUGCGACGCUGCUUGACCUCUUGCCUCCCUCGCACCAGGUAGCUCCAGAGGACUGGAGACCAGCGAUGCCAGUACAGGCAAACUGGCACCCUGCCUGCGCCACGCUUCUUCCCAGCCCCACGGUGCCCUGCCUGCCUGCCCGUGGCUUUGGGGGCAUCAGAGACACUUUGAGCAAGACGGGGUUCAGCUGCAGGGCUGGGUUCAGCUGUGUUGAGUUUCCAUCCUCAGCAGAGCUCUCCUGCC